CUGAAUGUGGUUACAUUUUUUAUAACUAACAUCUCGCCCUACCUAUGAUAGAUGGCGAUACUGUGCAAUUCUUUUCUGAAUGUGGUUACAUUUUUUAUAACCAACAUCUCGGCCUGACUACAGAUUAGCCAGGACAGUGCUGUACAUUAUGUACACCCUGUCCCUCUGUACACAUUAUGUACACAUUCCUAUCAUUUAGCACUGAGUGUUCCGGUAAUUCUGUAGUUGCUCCAAAAUCUCUUAUUUCUUUGUCAAAUUAUGACGGACACUGCAACAGAAGACAUUUCACCUGAAGUUAGGAGGUCACUUCUUGAUUCUAUUAAGAAAAAUCUGCAUCUUGAGGUUCUGAAUUUUGCUGCUAGAGAGGAAGAUGUCAACCUCCUGUCUGUUGGUGAUGGUAACUUAAACUAUGUUGUUCGUAUCCAAAGUAAAAACGAUCCUACUAUGAGUGUAAUAUGCAAGACAGCACCUCCUUUUAUUAAGUGCCUUGGUCCUACCUAUCCCCUAGAUACACUCAGGUCAUCAAAAGAAUGGCAGGCCCUGGUGAGCUUCUAUCCCUCCUACCCUGAUAUUGUGCCAAGCCCCAUUUUCUAUGAUGAAGAAAGUCACACUGUUUGUAUGGAAGACUUGGGGAAUUCUCCACUACUCAAAGAUGAGAUGAUUGCAGAGAGGCUGGAGAUGACGACUGUGAAAGAACUCGCCAAGUUCAUGGCACUUCUCCAACAUCGCUCGCACUCUGCUUCGCCAACAAUGGAGCCAGUCAUGUUCAAUAGAAUGACAGAAAACUUCAGUAAUCCUGCCAUGUGUGGUCUAACUUCUGACUACAUUUUCACCAAGCCAUUCAUCCAAGAUGACCCCACGAAUAGAUGUAGUGAAGAAGUCCAGAAGCAUUUUAACCUCAUUUACAAUAAUCCCGGUGUCAUUGAAGGUGCUAAAGAAAUGAAGCGAAUCUUCCAAGAAACAAAAGAAUGUGUUGUCCAUGGAGAUUUACACACUGCCUCGGUUAUGGUCCGAGAUAAUCGGCCAAAGGUGAUUGACUAUGAGUUUAUGUUUAUUGGACCAUGUGCAUUUGACCUCGGGCUCCUUCUGGCCCAUUAUAUGCUCUCCUACUACCAACACGAGGCAACGGAACAAGACAAUGAUCGCCAUAGGAAAUUCUGCUACUUUCUGAUAGAUGUUUGUAAAGAAACAGUGAUGACAUAUUUUGAACAUAUGACACGUUCAAUUGGUGACCCUGUGACAUAUCGUGAAAAGCUGAUGAAGGAAGUGGCUGGAUUUGCUGGUUGUGAAAUGAUUAGACGUAUCAUUGGUAUCGCUGGUGAUAAAGGAUUCACCGGCUGCAACAAGUUGGCAGAGGUCGAUGCUCUCCAAUGUGGUAUUCGAUUAUUGACAUUGAGGGACAGGAUGCCAAAUAUUGAUAGACUGUUAUUCAUUGGGUUGACAUUGUGCUAAAGUGAAGCCAAGUUUUUGCAUAGUUAUUUUCUAUACUCUCCGGCUUGACCUAAAUUGGCUUUGAUAAAGGAUAUAUUUUAUUAUAUUUGUGCAAAUAAAGCUUUAUAUAUUUAUUAUGAUUGUAAGGAUUAUUUAUACCAUUAUAUGUUAAUGGAUAAAUAUUCAGAAAAGAAAUAAACAUUCAAAUUUGUU